AUGAUGGGUCUCGUUAUUACUCAAAACAAAUAUGACGGUCACAGUACAUUUGUAUUUUAUGAUAUCAAUGGCUCAAUAAAAAACGAAUUUGUAUUUAAAUCAACAGAAAAACAAGGUAUUUUCUAUUGUUCUAGUCGAAUUAAAUCAAAUGAACAAAAUAAUGAAUUAAUGGCUUCAAUUAAUAAUUCAGUCUUAGCUUCAUCCGCAUUUAAAUUAAAAACUGAACAAGUUAAUUCUACUACCAUACGUAUCCGUAUUAUACCCAAUGGUUAUAUUGGUAUUAAUCGCAUUGUUUGCCAUUGGAAUAAUAAUAUUCGCUAUGGUACACCGGCUGAUCUUAUAAUUGGAGAAGAACCUGGUCUUAUUGAACGAAGCCAAUCUUGUCAAGCAUAUGAUCGUCGUUAUAUUCAAUGUAUAUUUCGUGCACCAAUAAUUGGACGUGCAUUUCGAAAUGGUUUUCCACCAGUUUAUGAUUUUUCGGAAAAUGCGCCUAUAAAAGAAUAUUUUCAUCCAGCAGAAUUGGUUAAUAUAACUGAUGACAAUGAACUUAUCUUUAAUUUAGUUCCUCUUGACAAAAAUCGAAUUCCGAAGAUAAUUUCGAUGAAAAUUAAUAUAACGUUAAUGCAUUUUAAAUCAACUGAUUACCAAUUCAAUCUUGAAGCUAUACAUACAACUGAAGUCGUUUUUCAAAUAGCAAAUAUCUCGAGCAAUCACUUAACUAUUCUGAUUAAUCAUAAUAAUACAGGAACAAUAAGGGAACGUUUAUGUGCAGGAAAUAUUUCUCAAGGAAUUCCGGAAACAUCAAGUCGAACAAUUUUGAUUAAUAAUCUUCAUUCAUCAACAAGAUAUAAAGUUUGUCUUCAUUGCUUCUAUGAACGAACUGAUCAAUCAUUUAAAAAAGAAAUAUGUCAAACAAUUAUAACUAAUAAAGCAAAUACAUUUAUUUACUGGCUAGCUGGAACCAGUAGUGCUGCAGGACUUAUCAUAUUAAUUUUGGUCACAUAUGGAUUAAGAAAAUAUUUCAUUUCAAAGAAUCGAUCACGUACGAAAAAUGAUAUACGAAUUCGUAAUUCAGAUCUAGAACAAGACAGUCUUUUAACACCACAUUCAGAUUCUUCAUCAGUACAAACGAAUAAUAACAUAAAUGAUCCUACACACGAAGUGAAAUAUCUACCUGUGGAUGAUUCGAUUGAACGAGUGAUAAAUAAAAGUACUCCAUCGUCUGUGACAUCUUAA